CAAACGUUAGUUGACAAUCAUACGGCGCUAUGGGAGGUUAUUUAUCGACGGAUUUCAUUAUUUAUUAUUAGUUUGUAUUUGACCACGAGUUGUUCAGUUACCCACAAUGAAACAUAAGUAGAAUAAAUAACGUGACUUAAUAACUGUGAUAAAUCUGUCCUCACGGCAUUCUUAUUAUAGGUUGCUUUCACUCCAACAGUGUUUUACAAGGUGAAUUUAAGAGAAAUUCGGAAGUUUCUAUUUUAAAAUGGAGAAAAACGAAGGUAAAAUUAACGAAGCGGUCAAGAUGACAUCCGCUGUAGAAGAAAAAGCUGAAGAGUUAACACGGAAAGAACCAUUCUGGGUUUUUGGAUACGGAUCUCUGUGCUGGAAUCCUGGUUUUGAAUUCCAGCAAUCAGUUACUGGCUACGUAAAAGGGUUUUCCAGAAGGUUUUGGCAAGGCAAUACUACCCAUAGAGGCACUGAGUCAAAGCCCGGGCGUGUCGCAACUCUAAUAGAAGAUAAAGAGGGCAUAACAUGGGGUAAAGCCUUCUUAAUCGCAGCAGAAGACAACGCCGCUCUACCUUAUCUAUCAACACGAGAAUGCCAAUUAGGAGGAUAUAGGAUUUACACAGUCAACUUCCACCCCAAACCACUGUUCCUGCCGUCCACUAGUCAUAAUUCCAUAGACGUAAACCACAACACCAUAGACAAGAAAGAUGCCCUUCUGUAUAUAGCAGUCCCGGAAAAUAAACAUUGGCUUGGUGCAGCACCUUUACCCGAAAUCGCUACACAGAUUUUAGAAUGCCGUGGUUCGUCUGGUACAAAUGUUGAAUAUCUUCUGAGGUUAGCAGAUUUCAUGCGGGAAGAGAUCCCCGAAGCUUUGGACGAGCAUUUGUUCUCCUUGGAAAGACUGGUCAAGAAGUUUGCGGCAGACAUGAAGAUAUGCCUGAACACUCUAAUGGGUGAGGUUGAGAAAGCAGAAGAAAGCAAACCAGAAGCCAAAGCAGUUGUUCCCUCCUUCCAAUUCGCGUCACGGAUUCCUGACAAGAAAUUACGUUGCGUCAACAUGUGAUUUCCGAUCGUCGCAUAGAAAGAUGGCGAUCUUAGAAUCUACAGGGAGCUUUGUGAUUUAGAGUUGCCUUUAUUUACUAUUACCAAAGCAGCUAGAUGUAGCUACUUGACAAGACUGUGAAAUGGAUUAUCGAGCUGGAUUUUCUUGUCAAAAAGUGAUACGAAUGUUGACGAUGAUCCGAAAAUCUUUUCACGGCAUAUCUCAUUUUUCUGAUAAUGCUUUUGCGUCUAAAAUAUUAUAAUCUAAGGCACAUGUUAUAUUUGUACUGCAGGACGGUCUUUGAUAUUUCCCUUGAAUGGAUUCAACAUCUCUACUUUAACUGACCAAAAGUAAGGUGGUGACUUAAUUUGACUGUGACAAAAGUAAUUUGACUGACCCCAUAUAACUUGAUAGGCUCAUAAUAACGCUGCAAAUUAAACAAUGCUGAUUGAAUAUUGCUGACCUUAAUAUUAAAAUAAGAUAUAUUUUAGGUUAGAAUUACUUAAAUUUACCUUACUUCACUAAACUAUAUACGCUAGUUUAACUUUUGUGCUGUUUCAUAACUCGUCAGUGAAUGAUUUGAAUUCGUCUAUAUCUCUCUCUGCGUAUAUUAUCGUGUUAGACAGAGCGAGAUAGAGGCGAAUUCGUAAUAUGUUAUAAAAACUUAGUUACAGUAGAUAUAUCUCUAGUGGAUCGUCUUUGCUGGCGAAGACGUAGAUGAUAGUGGAGUUUCGUAAAAUAUGACAGAAACAUAAUGCGCUUUUUCUGUUUAAACCAUUUUUUUACAUAAUAUUGAAAUAUAGAAACGGUUGAUACUCGCAUGGUUUUUAAUGUACGAGUUGGAACCCAUACUGGGUUUUUAACUCCGAACCAAAUAACACGAGUUGCAUCCAUGUUUCUAUUUCAUAAUUACGCUUAUUUUCAUUUCUUAACAGUAAUAUGGCAUUUCCUCGCAUGAAAAGUAUCCUUCGUGAGGAAUCCUAUAUGAGAUUUUGCGAAUUUUAAACUCGAAUUUUAUAAGAAUGAACAUACGGGUAAGUUUUAGAGAUUAUACUAUAGUCUGGCAAGUGCGUUAAUAACACUCCUAUGAUAUGCGGGCGACAGGGGGGAAAUACUGCGCAGGUAUGAAAUCGUGCGUGUGGGGAAGUGACGUGGCGUUACUCGUGGGUAUUUCAUUAAUCGCUACACGCCCCCCGGCCCGCGCGAAAUAUCGAACGAAGUUGCCAAGCUAUAUAUCAUUAUGGAAAUAAUAUUUUAGUUGACUAUUAGUUAGUGGCUCAAAUUACAAGAGCUAAAGCAGCAGGGCUAUUCUAUAACGAUGUUUGUAUAUUCGAAUUCAUCGCUAUCUUUUUCUUUCUAUAGUGCUAGACAGAGAGAGAUAGAUCUUGGAACUAGCACUUGCGGGUUAUACAAAAUAUCGAUACUGAAUAGUCCUGCAGCAAGUAGUUGACAACAGUCCCAUGAUAUGCGGGCGACGGGAGGGGAAUGACUGCGCGGGUAAGCAGUCGUGCGCGCGCAUCGCUACCUCCCCUCCCGGCCCCCGCGGACCAUCGAGUGUUACGAACGAAUUUGCCAAGCUAUAGCAUUGUAUAGUGCUUUUGUUAUCAUAAAAUGUUAUAAUAAUUAUGUUAUAUUUAUUAUUUAAUAACAAAGGCCUAAGCAUUAAUUAUUCUCAUCUAUUGUUCGUUCAUUUGUUUCAAAAUAGUCAUCUCUGUUAUGAUUUAGUAUGGACACAGUUUGAUAACAUGCCGUAGCGUAUAUUAAUAAACUACAAGCCCUUGAAAAAAUAACGCCUGACUAUAUACCUUACACCAAGAAAUUGUAACGCCUAGACGGCCUCCGUGGCGCAGUGGUAUACGCGGUGGAUUUACAAGACGGAGGUCCUGGGUUCGAUCCCCGGCUGGGCAGAUUGAGAUUUUCUUAAUUUGUCCAGGUCUGGCUGGUGGGAGGCUUCGGACGUGGCUAGUUACCCCCCUUCCGGCAAAGACGUACCGCCAAGCGAUUAAGCGUUCCGGUACGAUGCCGUGUAGAAACCGAAAGGGGUGUGGAUUUUCAUCCUCCUAACAAGUUAGCCCGCUUCCAUCUUAGACUGCAUCAUCACUUACCAUCAGGUGAGAUUGUAGUCAAGGGCUAACUUGUAAAGAAUAAAAAAAAAACGCCAGCUACUCACGAUCAGGUUUACCGUCAAGUCUGCAGGAGGCUUAUGUAGACUACAAACCUAAGGUUUAAACGACGAACUGUACAAUUAAAACAGUGUGUAGGCAAAUCUGAAACUGCACAGUGAAACUGAAAAUGUGAAAUCCAAUUGAAAUAUCAUUAGAUAAAAGUACAGUUACCCUGAAGGUCUGUAGCCCACAUUAGCAAUGUGAGCAGUGAAAGAAUAUUUAAUUAUUAUUUUCUCUGCCACAUUCUUAAGUGUGUCCUGUAGACUUGACGGCAAAGGGGAAUGUCCACCAGCCCAUACAACGUUGGCCCAAGAAACCCAGUUACGCCCCCCCCCCCCCCAUAAAAGUAUAUGGAGAUGAUAAUAUGAUGUAUAAAUAAGGAUUUGGUUAAAUAUUUUUUUAGUUUUAUGUAAAGUGGGGGGCGGGGACGAAAGGUCUGGGCCGGGAAUGGACAUUCCAUUGAGUGAAGGACGUAAGAUUAAAAGUAAAACUUUUAUUUUAUAUUAUUCCAUUUGUAAAAAGAUCUAUAUCUCUUUAACUAAAACAUACGUAACGUAUCUAAACCACAGAUAAGAUAGUCUAAUGACAAAUCGGUAUAUUCAGUUGCUUCUACUGUGAUAAACACUGAUACUUGUAUAAUUAAAAUACUAAUUAAAUUGUUAAUUAAACAAUUAUAACGUUACACAAUACCUGCUUUUGGUUAACAUUAAUAUACUCAGAGGCACAAUUAUCCGCCCACUAUAGUAUACACGCGUCAUAUUAAAGAGGGCAGAUAAUUGUGCCUCUGAGUAUAUAAUGAUGUUUAACAUGCUAUCAUCAUGAUAAUUUAUUAUCAGCCAACCAUUGACUGUUGUUCAUUCACUGUUUAAUUUUUUAAUUAAUUAAAUAUCACGUGUCUCAAACGGUGAAGGAAAAACAUCGUGAGGAAUUUUAACUUGAGACUUGAAUUGAAUUGAAUUGAAUUGAAUUGAGACUCGAGCUCAGCAGCGAGCCGAAUAUGGGUUGAUGAUGAUGAACCAUUCACUGCUGCACAUGCCUUGAUUUCCAACAUCACGAUCUUUUGCCGCUAGCAUACCUCCCUGUAACACACUUGAUGUUAUCAGUCCACCUACUGGGGUUUGACUAACCAACAACUUAAACAGUAUGAAAACAUUUAAAACUCCCACUAGGCACACAGAUAAGUUAGUAGCACUUUAAUGACAAAAUAUUGACAAUAUUAUUGUAAGCAACUUUAUAUUUGACAAACUAAAUCAAUUUACACUGACUGACUGAAUACACAGACUUAUAUAUUUGGUUUCUUCUCAAAUACUACUGAAGUACUGUUUUUUAAUGACAAAAAUGACGAAGUAUUACAUUACGAUACUUAGAAUAAUUAAGGUUACCUAUUUUAAAAUGUGAUUUUUUAAUUGUAUCAAGAUGUUUUAUUUUUUAAUUUGUUAAAUUAAAAAUCUUUCUGUAAUAAAUAAUAACAAAUAAAUAUAAGUCUAAUUAUGUAUUGACAAUGUACCAACUAAUGUAUAGAUGGUAUGUUUAGAUUUUUUAUGACAUUUUGUAUAACAGCAAAAGAAAUACAAUCACGAAUAAUGUCGAAUACAGAACAAUAAAAUUGAUUCGAAAAAUGUA